AUGGAAACUCAAACAAUUCCUAAGAAGAUGCUAGCAUGGCAGAAGCAUCUUGGAAGCCUUAAACCACUAACAUCGAUCCGGAUUCGCGUUGAAGUCGACGUCCCUCAACCGCCUGAGGAUGGCCUACUGGUAAAAGUCCAUGCAGCCGGAGUGUGCCAUAGUGAUAUCAGUCUGUUAGAGCUGGAGCCACAACCACCCAAUCAUUUGAGAAAGUAUACACUGGGCCACGAAGGUUGUGGUGAAGUCAUCUCUGUUGGUUCCGCCGCCACCAAGUUCGUACCAGGUGACAUAGUCGCGAUCUUGUCGAUACCAGGAUGCGGGAAGGACACUUGCCCGGAAUGUACUAGGGGUCUUGAAGCGCUCUGCCACACCGGCGAACGCUACGGAAUUGGAUACGAUGGCUCGUUUGCCCCAUAUGUUGCCAUUCGGGAAAGAGCCGCAGUCAAACUACCUGCUGGGCUGAGUCCCGUAAUAGGGGCAGUUGUACCUGACGCUGUCUUGACUGCAUACAGCGCUACUGUUGAAAGAGCCAACAUUAAGAAAUCAGAUACUGUGUUGCUAUUUGGACUUGGUGGGUUAGGCUUCAACGCGUUACAGAUUGUACUCGGUAUUGGGGCGAGGGUCAUUGUGGUGGAUAAACGACAAGAAGUGCUCGACGAGGCUGUUAAGUUUGGCGUCAAGCGCGAAGAUGUAGUUCCGCCCGGAACCAGUGCCACUGAGUUUGUCACGAACAAACAACUCGUUAUCGAUAAGACUUUGGACUUUGUUGGUGUUUCAGAUACCUUUAGAGCGGCUAUUGACUCUGUGAGAAUAGGGGGAACUGUGGUGGUGGUCGGUCUUAUAAACCCUGAUAUGUCAUUCGAUUCACGUCCCGCGAUCCUAAAGGCAGUUAACGUUCUUUUCACCUUUGGAGGAUCAUACAAGAGUCUCGAGGCCUCUCUGGACCUCGUCGCAAAGAAGAUCGUCAAACCACAGGUCGUAACUAGAAGCCUGAAUGAUCUCCCUCAAGCUUUAGAGGAUUUGCAUCAUGGAAAGGUGAAAAGUAGAAUGGUUCUUGUACCUGAGAUCUUGGCUUAA